GAGGAGGUCACGUGGGAAGGCGGGGCGGGCGGCGCGCGGGCUGCCGGGAGCGCGGCGGCGGGGCGGGCACGCGAUCGGCGGCCGCCGCUGCCUCAGGUAAAAACUGCAAUGAGUAAACGCAAGGCGAAGGAGAGCAGUGGCGCCAGCGCAGAAUGCAUUUCACAGGUGCAAAAAAUCCUGCGUGAGAGAUUCCGUUGUCAUUAUGCUACUGGAAAGCUCUUUGGGAUUGAGCAUCAAUACAGAAACCUGCUGGAACUGCUGAAACGAACUACAAUCCACGGCGAAAGUAAUUCUGUCCUCAUUAUUGGACCCCGAGGCUCAGGAAAGACUGCGUUAUUAAACCAUGCCUUGAAAGACCUCAAGGAAAUGAAACAAGUCCAAGAGAACCUGUUGGAAGUUCAUCUGAAUGGGCUCCUGCAGACUAAUGAUAAAAUUGCCCUGAAGGAGAUCACCAGACAGUUGCAGCUGGAAAAUGUGGUGGGGGAUAAAGUUUUUGGCAGUUUUGCUGAAAAUCUUGCAUUCCUUCUUGAAGCUUUAAGGAAAGGAGAUCGAGCCAGCAGCUGUCCUGUCCUGUUUGUGCUGGAUGAGUUUGACCUCUUUGUCCAUCACAAGAACCAGACACUGCUCUACAACCUCUUUGAUGUGUCCCAGUCAGCACAGACUCCAGUCACAGUGGUUGGACUCACGUGUAGGCAGGAUAUCCUGGAGCUCUUGGAGAAGAGAGUGAAAUCAAGGUUCUCCCACAGACAGAUCUAUUUGCUGAAUUCCUUUGAUUUCAAACAAUACCUGAAGAUAUUCAAGGAGCAGCUUUCUCUCCCUGCUCCAUUUCCUGAUGACUCCUUUGCACACAAAUGGAAUAACCACAUUCAGAGUCUAGCAGAGGAUAAAAUUGUGCAGGAUGUGCUGCAGAACCUUUUUCACCACACUAAAGAUCUGCGCUCGCUUCACUUGCUGCUGAUGCUGGCUGUGUGUAAGGUCACUGUGCACCACCCACUUGUCACUCCAGCAGACCUCCAGGAGGCAAGCAAGCACUACAGAGCCGACUCAAAAGCAAACAUUGUACAUGGUUUGUCUGUCCUGGAAAUCUGCCUAAUAAUAGCCAUGAAACACCUGAAUGAGGUUUAUGAAGGAGAGCCCUUUAACUUCCAGAUGGUUUACAAUGAAUUCCAGAAGUUCAUCCAGAGGAAGGCACACUGCAUGAACAACUUUGAGAAGCCAGUUGUCAUGAAGGCCUUUGAGCACCUGCUGCAGCUGGAGCUGGUCAAGCCCAUCGAGAGGCCGACGCUGCGCGCUCAGAAGGAGUACCUGCUGAUGAGGCUGCUGCUGGACAACAACCAGAUCAUGGAUGCUCUGCAGCUCUACCCCAACUGCCCCACAGACAUCAAGCAGUGGGCAGCCUCUUCCCUCAGCUGGCUCUGAGCUCUCUGCAGCUUGCAGUGUCCCUUUUGACAGCGCACUGCUGGGGUCUCUGCCAGCUCCAGCAGCUGGGACGUUUGCCCACAGCAGGGGCUGCAGGUAAAUGCACCUUGGGAAGAAGCUGGCUGUGGUGAUUGACUUUGUUGGCUUUUAAGGACAACUCUACUGCUGUCAUCUCCUGGUGGCCAUAAUGUGACUGAGUGUGACUGAUUUCCACCGUGCAGAAGCCAGCUCUGGGGCCCCUCAGCCUUGGCUGGCCACCAGCACUGCACACUCACACCCAGACCCAUCCCUACUAUGUCUCCUUUGUGUACUUUUUCUUCUCAAAGCUGACUUGACACAGAAUUGACUCCAUUAAACCUUCCAUCACA